UUCAUGGCGCAGUGGAGUCCCAGCUUCCCCAUGAUCGUGACUGGAUUGGAUGGUAGACUGGGCCGAGAAUGGGGCCCCGACCGGUUGAUCUCUGAGUUCGGCCACCUUGAUGUCACGCUUAUAGAUUGUACAACCGGUGAGGAGCGCAGUCGACCUUGGAAGGCCAAAACAUUUUUGAAGACUCUUCGCAAUGGCGACACUUCGAAGGGGGUAUUCAAGGUCAAGGAUUUUCCUCCCAAUGCACACUUCAGAGACCUGUUGCCAGGUUUUUACUCGGAUUUGAAGAUGAUGCUCCCUGGGCCGUUCAGAGAUGUUGCGGCUGUGGAUGGUGUCAGGAACCUCUCCGCUCACUAUCCCCUCAAUGGGAAUGCGCCGGAUCUCGGGCCCAAAUUCUACAUCGCACAACACAAUCCGGAUUCGACCUCGAGGAUGGGGACCACGAACCUCCAUCUCGAUGUCACGAGUGCUAUCAAUAUCAUGCUGUGGUCUCUCGGCACCGGGGUUGGCGCCGUUUGGACCCUGUUCAGUCCUCAAAGCCUACUCGCGCUCCGCGGAUACAUGCGCUCAGUAUUUUCUCAUCUUCAAGGGGCAGAUCCUAUUCACAGUCAAAGUUGCUUUUUGACUAAGGACAUGCUCGAUGAGCUGAAAUCUCAGGGGGUCGACUACGUAGUGGUCGAACAGCACGUAGGCACUGCCGUUUGGAUACCAGCUGGCUGGGCUCACCAGGUCAUCAAUAGUCAGAGCUCUAUCAAGGCGGCCUGGGACUUUCUGUCUACAGAUAGUGUCCAGUCAUCCUUCAACUUGCUGUCAGAGCAGGCAGAAUAUCGACGCUGGAACUCGGGUCAUCCGGCUGAUGUGCUUCAGCUGCAUAACAUGUUGUACUAUGCGUGGCUCUCUGUCUCGAAUUUCCCACCUGGAGACACAUACAGCAGUAGGUCCCAUUCCCUUGACGGUCGGCAUCUAGUAAUGUUCUUCCAGGUACCAGUGGUUUCGAUCGCGUGCAUGACACACAAGAGGCUCCGGUGA